AUGCCAGAGCCAGCGAAGCCGCCACGAAAAGGUUCGUCCAAGAAUUGCUCCAAGGAGUCGAGUGAAGCUACGCAGCCAGCAGGAGCCGCUUCGCCCUUUCAAAGAGCCCAGCACCGCACCAGUUUCAGCAUGUCCAGAUCCAACAAGUUAGACUCGCCGAAAAUGAACAAGAAGAACUUGAGAGAAUUCGACGGAACGGAAAGUGCAAAACAAUAUGAUGUCGGUCUCCUGCGCAGAGGAUCCGUCCGACUGAAGAGAGCAUUUAGCCAGAAGAAAACAGUCCACCUGGAUGCGCCCGUGUCUGGCUGGUGCAAAUUCAAGAGCCUUUUUGGAGUUACCAAGCACGUUUCAACCAUUCCAGGACAUUCCGACUACCUCGCCUACCGAACAACAUCGCAGCUCAAGAAGAUCGAAUCCUCUUAUUGA